ACCAACGUAAUUAGACAACCUCCCGGAGGUUGCACGAAGUUUUGCGACGUGAGUUUACUUUGAAAUUGAGAGCUUGAUUUUUGUCAGCCGCUGGUAUAGGUAAUGGAAGGUUUUGUCGUGAGAUUAUCCUAAAAAAAGCAAUAUUCGAUAUUACGUGGUUAUAUUGCUAAAAUAUUACUGUACACCGUACGUUAAACGGACAUUUGUUAAACCGUACAAAUUUUGAGAUCAUGGCGGUACCCACGGCCGGUGUUGUUGUCCCUAGAAAUUUCCGCUUACUCGAGGAGCUAGAACAAGGGCAAAAAGGUGUUGGCGAUGGAACUAUUAGUUGGGGUUUAGAGAAUGACGAUGAUAUGACCUUAACACACUGGACUGGAAUGAUAAUUGGACCACCAAGAACACCUUAUGAAAAUAGAAUGUAUAGUUUAAAAAUUGACUGUGGUCAAAGAUAUCCGGACGAUGCGCCUACUGUAAGAUUCUUAAGUCGAAUCAACAUGAACUGUAUUAACAGCACUACUGGCGCGGUUGAUAAUCGUAGUGUACCAGUACUUGCAAAGUGGCAACGAGAAUACACAAUCAAGACUGUACUACAAGAACUCCGACGUCUAAUGACUCUUAAGGAAAACAUGAAACUUUCUCAACCACCGGAAGGCAGUACUUUUUAGCUUAAUCAAGUGCACGCUGUUGUCUCUCCCUUUACCGGUAGUACUAGGCAUGCCUUAUUAAGGUAUAAAAGAGCCCUGCUCUUGGUAACCCGUGGUGAAGUUUAUUCAAAUGGUACAUAUUUGCUUGUAAAGAUGAAAUCAGAUUUGGAUCCUUUUUUUUUUUAAAUUUAAAUUUAAACUAAGUAAUAUUAGUAAUUAUAAUAAUCUUAAUAAUGAUGAUGAUAGCAGUUAUUGUUUUUAGCUAUCGAAUAAACCUUAUCAAUCA